AUGGGAUGUUUAGAGGAAUGUCACAAACACAAUCAAUGCAUCCUCAAUCUUUUCAUAGAUCAAGGACAUAUACUAAUUCUUAUGCGGGUAAUGGACACCAUAGAGGGGGACAUCAUGCUGCUUCUUUUAGCGGAGCUCAUAGCGACAUAUUUGGUGAUUUUUUUGGGGGGGCAUUUAGUGCUUUUCCAGCGGGUAAUGGACACCAUAGAGGGGGACAUCAUGCUGCUUCUUUUAGCGGAGCUCAUAGCGACAUAUUUGGUGAUUUUUUUGGGGGGGCAUUUAGUGCUUUUCCAGGAAGGAUGCACCGUACGGUGGUUGGCAGCAACAUCAACAUCAUCAACAGCAACAGCAGCAGCAGCAGCAGCAGCAACAGAAGCAUCUGCUGCUGCUAUUUCUUGUAUAACCGUAUAA